CCCCUCUACGGCGUGCCUCAUAAUCGGAUGGUGGUUUUGGCUCGUAAAACCCCAUAUUUUUUUUAAUGAGUAAUGUGUAAGAGAAAAAGAAAAGUCGCUGCAACAAAUGUGGGAACAUUUAUUUGCCUACAUUUGCUGCCAAACACUGUAAAUGUACUAGAAAGGUACUAGCAAGAGUUUUUGUAACCACAACAUGCUACACUCUGCAUUUUAUAAAGAAGUUUCUCAUAGAAAAAAAAAAGCAUGAGAGCUGUUGUGCUUUUAGCAAUGCAAUGGACUCAAACAUGUUAUACCAUCAAAGUUGCUGCAAUUACUGCAACCUGCUCGUUUGAUGCUUGGAUCAGAGUCCGUGGAACGUAGGUUUCAAUUUUUACCCUCUGUAACGAAUCAGUAGAAUGCAAGAUACAUGUGUUGACGUUUCUACUGCCUUUAUUUCAGAUUUCCUGCCCUGGAAAGAUAAUGUGGAGAGCAAGACUUGCAGCCAUUUUGUUGCUUCUACUGGAAGAAAAGAAAAUUCGUCAGGAGUGUUCAGGCGGUAUCUAAAUUGUCACCGUUCCGGGACAUAUAUAGAGCUCCCUACAACGCAGCGUAAACAUCAGAUUAAAGUGCAAGGCAGUAGCAAAAUAGGCAUACCUUGCUUCGCAAUGCUUGAGGUAACAGAAAGGGAUAGCAAAGUCUUUGUAGUGUUUCAGAAGAACCACUAUGGACACCUAGAUGAGAUAGCUCAUCAGAGGCUCUCUGUGGCUGAGACAAAAGUAAUUGCAGGUAGACUAGCAGAAGGAGUGCCACCGAAGACCAUUUUGCAAAAAAUCAAGGCAGGCACAAGUGCAGCUAGCAGUCGGAUGAAACUUGUCACAAGAGAGGACCUUCGGAACAUCCGUGAUAAGUAUAAUAUUGACAAAGCAGAGCGGCGACAUCCUGAUGAUUUUAUGAGUGUGGAGUUAUGGGUUAAAGAAACGGAAGAAGAGAAGAAAUUAAACACAGGAAUUGAGCUUAUGUGCCCGGAAAAUGAACCAAGUAAGGCAGGCAGUGACUCGCCUCUUUUGUAUUACAGGAAAGAGGGUGAUCCGAGCAGUUCUGAAGGCAACUUUGAGCUUGCCUUGAUUAUCUUCCCACAGAGAGAACUACUUUGUAAGCUAGGAAUUGAGAAAUUGUGUAUUGACUCUACGCAUGGCACAAAUAGGUACAAGUUUCAACUGGCAACACUGCUAACCAUCUCAGAAGAUGGCUCUGGUAUUCUAUGUGCCUACUUGAUUUCCAAGAGAGUUAACACUGAAACCAUGGUGAGGUUUUCGAGGCCAUCAAGGAAAAGGUAGGCGUGAUAGCGUGUAAAGCAUUCAUGUCCGAUGAUGCCCCUGUUUAUGGCAACACAUGGGAGCAAGUGAAGAAGAAUCGGUGGUUGUGUAUCUGGCAUGUGAUGCGCAGCUGGAACGCACACCUCAAUAUGAUUAGUAGUAUAAAGUACAGGGGUGUCACAAGAGAAACCUUGCACGCACUAAUCAAUGCACACGAAACAGAAAUAGAUGAGAAAGUAAAAGAAUUUCUUAACCUACCUUCCAAGUUGCACCCAUAGAAUAACCUUGCUUCCAAAGAUCUAGAUGAUCUGGAAAGCUUUACUAAAUACUUUGAGAAAACUUAUGCUAACAGAGUACUUCAGUGGGCAUAUUGCUAUAGAAAGCAGGUAGGUUUAACAACAAACAAUCACAUUGAAUCAAUGCACAAGACUCUGAAGUACUUCUACUUUGGUGGCCAAGUAAAUGUGCGGCUGGACAAGCUAAUCUAUGUACUUUUUACCUUGACAGCUGACAAACUUUUCAACAGGGCUGUUGCACUUAUAAAAGGCAAAGUCGACCAUCGCAAAUCUGCCAUCUUCAAAAAGCACAAAGUAGGCGUUGGUAUUCAGACAUCCGAUAUUGACAGAGUGGGAGAUGGCGUAUGGCAGGUAAAAUCUCAGAGCAUAGUUAACUUUCAUCACAUCGUGAAAAAGACUGGCAGGACUUGCACAGGUUGUGAGCCCCAUUGAAGCACUGUGAGGCUUGCCAUAACAUGUACACAUGUACAUGUCUUGACCAUGUAACAUAUGUGCACAUGUGCAAGCACAUUCAUGCUGUUGCUUUCAUGGAGCUGCAGUCAAGCAAGUUGCCAAGCCAUGAAGCCAGUUGCCCUGGUGUCACUUUUUAUAACAGUGGUCAAAGCUUUUGUGCGAUUGAUGAUCCCAGCUGCUUAAUGGCCAGUGCUCAAGGUAUCAUGCAGAGCACAUAGCAAUAUUUGAAAGAAGAAAAAACAAAAAAGAAUUGAAAAGUUCAAAGUGCAAGCUGAAGCUGCUUUUCAACAGAUAUUGAAAAACCUUCCUGAAAAAAGUUGCUAGAAGAUGGAUUCUAUACAACAUGACUUAACGAAGUUAGUUAAAAAGCACAAGCUUGCAGACGUGAGAGAACCUGCAGGAGAGCUUAGAUUGGUGCCUGCAAACAAGAACCUUCAGAAACAGCGGAGGUAUGCAGCACCCAAAAAGAGCAAAUCUAAAAUGGCACUAGGUCAUCGGCCAACCAUGCUGGAGCAAGAAGCAAUAAAGCGAGAUCUUUUAGGUGGGGAUAUGAACAGCAAAACCUUAUUUAUUCAUACUGGGAAUGACCAUCAUUACUACAGGCCAGCAAAGUAAGCUUAGUAGUAGUGUGGCAGUAGCUUAGUUUUGUAGAAAGCUAGGGAAGAUGCCGUUUUUGUUUAGACAGGCAGAGUACGGUUGUCAUAAGCAAGGCGUGCUUUGCCUGCACUAUGGCAUAGUUAAGUAUUAUCGGUGUGGCAUGAGGAGCAUUUCUAGGCUAGUUGUGUGCAGUGGGGUGUUGCAAAUGGAUCCAGACGAUUAUGUGCAGCAGUGCGACUGUGGAUUAGAUGGUGGUGUGUUAGAGAGCGAGAGGCACCUCUGAGCUGGUCACACGUGCUGCUUGUAAGUGUAUGCGUACAGUGUAAAUAGACAUUAUAUGGAGACGUGAUGUCCAAUCGGAUGGUGUGUGCAUUAGAGCGCGAGAGGCACCUCUGAGCUGGUCACACGUGCUGCUUGUAAGUGUGUGCGUACAGUGUAAAUAGACAUUAUAUGCAGACGUGAUGUCCAAUCGGAUGGUGUGUGCAUUAGAGCGCGAGAGGCACCUCUGAGCUGGUCACACGUGCUGCUUAUAAGUGUGUGUGUACAGUGUAAACAGACAUUGUAUGCAGACGUGAUGUCCAAUCGGAUGGUGUGUGCGUUAGAGCGCGAGAGGCACCUCUGAUCUGGCCACACGUGCUGCUUGUAAGUGUGUAUGUACAAUGUAAAUAGACAUUAUAAGCAGACGUGCUGUCCAAUUGGAUGGGACAUGCUGCUGGUAGAUGUGCAGUGGGCUUCUGCUAAGCUGAAUGGAUCUGGUUAGCCAUAUUCCUUACACAGUACAAAUAAGACACUUAAUGCAAGCUGGCUUUGAUGGCUUGCCCUUGUUUCAUUACACCAAACUUUGCCAACAUGAACAAAAAGCUCUACACAGUGGGAACAUGAAGUGAUUACAGUUGUCCGAAUGGCCCCUGUGUGCUUUUAAGAGUUCAGAAAAAUGUAACAUUUAAGGGCAAGCAAGAGUGAACUCAUUGGAACAGUGCAGAAAGCAACUGCUGAAUUCCUUGAGGCACUACUACAAGGUGCUGCUGCUGAUGAUGACAGCAAAUGUGCUGAUUCUGAGGCAUCACCAAUAACACACAAUAGCAGUUUACUGUAUUGUCUGUACAAGCCCUCUGAAGUAUUUUGAGAAAGUUUGGAAAGUGUUUUAUCCUGACAACUGAAAUAUGUCACACUGCGUGUGCACAUUGCAGUUAUCAAUAUGCAAUUACAGGCUGUAUAUUACCUUCUUCCUAUAAGACUAGUUUGUGUUGACAAGUGCACACAACAAAACUGCAGCUUUGUUCCUCAUUUAAUUUCACCUUAACAGAGAAUCCACUGUACGUGUACCUAAUGUGGAUGUAUUGCAGGCUUGGCUGUCACUGCACAGCCUGUGAGUGUUUUCCUUGGGCAAUUCGCCUGUUUGAAUAUCGAGUUACCAGGGUGGAAGUAUUUCAAACAAAGGAUAUGUGGUGAGAUGGUUGGAAACUUGAGAUGCAGUUUGCUCCAGAUGAUGCAUCCAAACUAAAAUUAGCACCAAAAGAUUGCACGAGGCAUUUUCUUGCAGCAUAUGUGCAUGAGCAAAAUUUCUGUCAAUCCACAAUCGUGAUGCUGCACUCUGCAAUGAUCUUACAGGUGCACAUUCCAUCAUUGGCUGCCCUGGACCACCUCAGCAGAUUGUCAUCGUGCUACAAGAACACCAAUGUCUUAAUGCUAGUGACCAUAAUAAACAUAUUG